AUGAAAAUCUUCUUAUUCUGUAUUCUCUUCUUGUCGUUGGGAUGUCUUCUGGAGGUUGGAGGCGUCGGCGUGAAGCAAGAAGCUCUGGCUCCAUCGACUGCAUUGGACCCAAAUUUUGGACAUUCGAAUUCGGAAUUGUGGAGGGCUAGAGGAAGAAGAAACAAGCGCUACUACUACUACCGUCGCCGCUACUACGGAGGUCGCCGUUACUACUACUAUUGGUACCGGAAUUACUACAGUAACUACUACAGUAACUACUAUAACAACUAUUAUUAUUCCUAUUAUUAUGGGAAGAAAAAGUGA